CUGUAGAAUCCCCAAGAUAUUUGAUUUCACAAAAUAAAAUUGAAGAAGCAAAAGAGGCAUUACAAAAAUUAAGAAAAGGAUAUAACAUUGAUUUAGAAUUCGAAGAGAUUAUUCAGGGACAAUCCGAAAAACAAUUUGAGAUUAAUGCUGUUAAUAUCGAGAAAGAUGAAAGCUAUAUACAAACUUCUCUUGUUGAUACUGAUGAUCACCUUGGAAUAAAGAAAUCGGCUUCAUUUAAAGAACUUUUACAAGAUUCAUAUU